GUUCAAAAUCUUGAUAAUAUCAGGAAGGCUCGAAAAAAGGUGAAGGGCAUUCUUGUGGAUAUUGGGCUUGACAGCUGCAGGGAGUUGUUGAAGGUAAAGCAUUCAAGUAAUGUAAAAAAUCUGAAACUUGCAUUUUAAACCUUUGAAAAAACUUUCACUGUUCAUAUAUGGAUAUUCCUCUACCAUAGAUGUUUAUGAUGAGGUAAAGGAAAGAAAACUGUCUGUACUUGAAUUGCUGAAGUCUCACAAUAUUUGUAUACUAGGGGUGGAACUUCGAGUUUCCGGCAACGUUAUGUGCUAAAACACUAUUUCUCAACAAGAUGUGUUGUAGAUGGUGCUGCAUACUCUCUGCUAGUAAUAUUUCAGCAAAAGGAAACACUACAGCUUCAGGUAAAAUGCUAUUAAUAAAAUGUUACCUGUCUACUACACCACAACUUUUUUUUUUUUUCCUUUUUAAACUCAUGAGGAAAUGAAGACUUGCAUCUGCUCAAAGAGAUUAAACUCUCUCCCUUCACAUAUCAAAGGGAAGUCUCUGAAGGAUGUACAAAUUGUCAGCAUUUAUAAAAAGCAACGAGCAGUGAGAUGCAGUAAUCUCUCUCAGGCCUUUAAAACUUGCUUCCAGGAAAAAUAUCAAAUUUGGCUCACUGAGUUGUAGUUCAGUUCUGCAUCUUAAAGCAUGUGCAACUGCACUGAGAUGAUAAAGAUGAACGUAGUACCAUUGUGGACGCUUUCUGGAGAAAGUAAUGUGCAACAAAGAAGAAGAAUUUAUACCAGCAGACUGGACAACCUAAUAUCAGAAAAGUGCAAGCAUAGUAGCAUGCUUUCAGCAACUAAACAGUAGUCUUUCAGCCAGCUCUGGCACAAGCUGUUUUGCCUGCUCGGUAUGGUCAUGACUUCAUACGAGGGCUGGGAUCAGUUCUCUGUAAUGGUACUGAAGGAAAAAAGCUGAGUUAACUCUGCAGGGUUGCUGCUGUCUCUUGCUGUUACUCCCCCCCCCCCUUUUUUUUUUUUUUAAAUUGUGUGAAAAUUGUAUAAAUAAAAGAUUGAGGGAAAAUAUACUUCAGAUCUACAUGCGUAACUAAUUCUGGAACACUUUUGGUUAUUGUAGUUGAACGAUGUUUAAUCAUACUUAAUGCAUUUAAAUAAAUAUAAUGAGAGCACAGAAUGGUGUAUUUGUCUAAUUCCAUGUUUUCACUAUUCUUAUGUAUGUUGUGUUGUAUUUAGAGCUCUAAGCUGGAAGUUUUUCUGUCUUGACCCUUGAAAGUAAAAAUGUUUUGCUGAUACUAGUUUUCUUGCUAUAAAAUAGAUCGCAGCAGUGAAGUCCACCUUUGUUUGAACCAUGGGGCUUAAUGGUGAAUAAGUGGUCUAGAGAGAACUGCAGCAAACGUGUUCGUUUUGGAAUAAGCUCUGGGAAGUGUGGGCCCAGAAGACUUCCCUCAAGCAAGUGCAUCACACAAAAUGAGUUUUCAAGAUAAUCUGGGGCUAUUUGGGUGUGACUUUACCAGCAAGAAUAGUGGGAUUUUCUUGAACUUUCUUUACACUUGUCUCCUAUGAGUCUUUCCUGUUGGUAGAAUAGCAUGUCUGAUGGCUAAUAGUUAAGAACAAGCUCAGCUGAAUGUUUUUUUCCCUCUAAUAUCAAGGUGGAUCUCUGGACAUGGUGCUCUUGAGGCAGAACAACUAAGUAAUGAACCUUAAAAGUUUUGACCCAGGUGAAAAAUACUUUUGCAACACUUCAUGGAGUGAUGUCUCUCCUUGGGAGUCUGUGGGCAAAAGGAAGAGAUACAGAACAAAGCCGUACUGCUGUAGCUUAUGCAAGUUCUCUUCAAAAUUGCUUACUUCAUUCAAGAAUCACUUGCAUCGUUACCAUGAAGAUGAAAUGGACCAAGAGUUGGUGGUUCCUUGCCCAAAAUGUGCAUUUGCUUCUGAUCCCAAAAUAGUGGGAAAACAUAUCCGGAUGUUUCAUUCAUCUAAUAAGAGAAUACAGAACUAUACAGUCAGCAUUUUGGAUGGCAUGAAACAAUUCAGGAGUGACAUCAUAAACUUUACGUGUCUAAAAUGUCACUUUACAGACACAUUGUAUUACAAUAUGAAGAAACAUGUGCUGAUGAACCAUUUUCAGAACUUAAUAAGCACCUAUUUUGGCCAGAGACCUGAUGAAAGUGAAGAGAAUUCUGUUGAGCACUACUGUAAAAAGUGCAAUGCUUCUGCAAACAGCCAAGAUUCUUUAAUGUAUCAUGUCUUGACAGCUGAAACCCACAGAGACCUGGAGAACAAACUUCGGUCUGUGAUUUCGGAACACAUUAAGAAACCAGGACUUGUGAAACAAAUGCAUAUUGCUCCGAAGCCUCCCCCAGCUAUGGCUGUGGCUGUUCUUUCUUUAGGGCCGGCCACUGCCACAGCGGGUUCCAUUACCGCUCCGGCUUGCAUCCACCUUGCCUUUCCACAGAAUAAUCAAAGCCAGACCGUAGUGCAGGCAAAAGCAGUUCAAAACACAGUCAGAUCACUGGCUGUUCCAAGUGCCUCUGGUAGCCUUCCACAUGCAACUUCUGCUCCAGUUGUUACUGCGUCACAUGUUACACUUGUAUCUAGUAAUCUUCCUGUAGGUCAGAAUAGUGUUAAUAUUCAGCCGUCACCAUCGCAGCCUAUCAUCGUUUCCCAUAGACUCCCUCUUAACCAGCCUGUUGGGGCUGGGGCUAUUUCUCUUAAUCAUUCUGUUGGGACCCUAAAUAGAACGGUGGCCCCUGCAGUUCUUCCGCUUAAUCAGCCUGUCAGGCCUGGGCUCUUUCCUAUUAAUCAGCCUAUUGGUACUAUAAAUAGUCCAGUUGCAGCUGGACCUCUCCCUAUUGCUCAGCCUGUUAGCCCUGUAAAUCAACCAGUUGCACCAGGAGUCCUCCCUGUAAAUCGACCAGUUGCACCAGGAGUUCUCUCUGUGAACCGAUCGCUUGGGAAUGUGAAUAGACCCAUUGGUCCCAGAGUCCUUCCUGUGGCCCAGACGGUUGCAUCAGGGGUUCUCCAGCUUAAUCAGCCUGUUGCAUCUGGUGUUGUUCCUGUAAGACAGCCUGUCAGGCCUGGGUUUCUUCAGCUUAAUCAGCCUGUUGCUCCAGGAGUUAUCCCUGUAAAUCAGCCAGUUAGACCUGCUGUUUCUCAGAACACGGCUUUUUUGACUGCAGGCCCUAUACUUAGACAGUUGAUUCCAACUGGUAAGCAGGUUAAUGGGAUACCUACGUACACGCUUGCUCCGGUUUCAGUUACUUUGCCUGUACCUCCCGGUGGUGGCGUAGCGACUGUUACACCACCGCAAAUGCCCAUCCAGCUGAUGCAGUCUGGGACGGUAGCGCAAUUAUCUCAGUCACCAGCUAGUGCACCCUCUCCUCCAGUGGUUGUAACAGCUCAGAAUGUAUCUUUACAGGCUUCCCCACCUGGUCCGGAAACAAGUCAGGCUAUCAAACAGGCCAAGCAGUGGAAGACUUGUCCUGUUUGCAAUGAGCUUUUCCCAUCAAAUGUCUACCAGGUGCACAUGGAGGUGGCUCACAAACAUGGUGAAAUCAAAAUGGAGGAAAACUUGGAACCUGACAAACUUGCAGCUUGCGCACCCUUUUUAAGGUGGAUGACAGAAAAGACUGUCCGGUGUUUCUCUUGUAAAUGUUUUCUGUGUGAGGAAGAGCUUAUGAAACAUCUCUUGAUGCAUGGUUUAGCUUGCUUGUUUUGCACACUUACUUUCCAUGACUUAAAAAGCCUUGUGGAGCACAAUAAAAUUACACACAAUGGGAAAAAGAAAUUACAUGCAGAUUACAGCAACAGAGGAUUUCAACUAGAUAAUGAUGCUCAGGGCGACCUUGUAUUUCCACACUUUGAUUUUAGCACAGUGUUACCAAAAGAAGACAUUGGUGAGAAAGAAGUACAUCUGGCAGUGCUUGCUGGAGUAAAUUCAAGGACGCUUGUCCCUGUUUACAUCAAAGUGAAACCUCAGACAGUGGAAGUGAACAAUAGAUGCAACAAAAAAGUGUUAACGUGUCCUUUUUGUUUUGGUACCUUUGUUAGUAAAGAAGCCUAUGAAAUGCAUUUGAAAGAGAGGCAUCAUAUAAUGCCAACUGUACAUACAAUUUUAAAGUCCCCUGCUUUCAAGUGCAUCCACUGCUGUGGAGUGUACACUGGAAAUAUGACUCUGACAGCUAUUGCUGUACAUUUGCUCCGUUGUAGAAGUGCUCCCAAAGACAGCAACUCAAGUGUGAAGAUGCAGCUUGAGCGCACCGAGAAGAAAGAGCUACUGUUUGUGAAUGGUGAAAAGCACGAUUCUGUGAUGCUUAAAAGAAAACAAUCGGAUACCUGCUUUGUUGCAGAAGACCAAAGGAAUAAAGAACAGCAGCCUCAAACCUUAAGUACUGGCAUAGCUCUAUCUCCAGAAAGAGAACUGAAUUCAGGGGUAGUGCCUUUCAAGCGACAAAAGACUAAUACUAGGACUGAGAUGAAGAAACUUUAUUCUAGUGAGGAUCUUCGCAUUCUAGCAGUAGAUCCUAAGCAGUAUGAACACAAUUCGUGUGAGGCUCAAAACCAGUUUUUGACAGAUUACUUUAACAGGAGGCCAUAUCCUACUAAAAAAGAGAUGGAAUUGCUAUCUUCACUGCUGUAUGCAUCGAAAAUUGAUAUUGCAUCCUUCUUUGGAAAAAGGAGGAAUAUAUGCUUAAAGGCGAUAAAAAAACACAAACCAUCUGUGCUGCUGGGUUUCAGUGUGUCUGAACUAAAAAAUAUUAAGCACCGUUUGAAUUUAAAAGAUGAACCAUUAAAUAUGUAAGCGGUUUUUAAAACAACUAAAAGCAAUCCAUAAUUGCAUACUUAUCAGUUUAGCAAUUUAUUGUACUUGAGUUAUUUGUUUUAACUUGCAGACUGGCCUGUUGAAGGGUUACAGUAGUAUAAAAGUCUCGUUCGGUUGUGACUGUUCUUGUGAAAGGCACACGUAGUUGUGUAUUUGGAAAAGCUAAAACCUUCGGAUUUACACUUCCGGAAUUUGUUUUAGCUUUUUACUUUUUCUGGAGUAGAUUUUUUUUGUUUUGUGUUUUGCUCUCCUUCCCCUUCAGCCUCCCAUGAGACUUUUUUUAUACCACCAUGUAAAACGUUUGUCCUGUUUAAAAACAAAUUUUAUUUUUUUCUGCAAUGUCAACGUCUUUUCUAAACAAUAAAAUGUAUAAUGUUGGUUAAAACACUGAGGUAAACUAGAUGGAAAAAAUCUAUUUGAUUAUUUGUGGUUUUUAACUCCUAAAUUUUUGUUCUUUUUCCUAUUUUCUUUUUAUCCACUGAAGAAAGUGAUUGUAGCCUUUACAUCCAUUCCUCCCCUCCCCCCCAUUUUAGAUGCGCUGGUAGCAAUAAAAUACUUGGCAGUCUUUUUUUUCCAGUCAGAAUACCUUUGCCAGUUAAAUUUGGUGACUUGUAAUAUCUAACUAGCACUACCAUGGUGGGCGUUCUGGUGGGAGGAGGAGAAGGCCUUUUAAACUGUUAUAGUUAACUGACUUGAAAUGGCUGUGUGUGUUAUCUGUUAAAUAGGUCUUGCUAAACAGAAUCGUUAACUCCUUUGGUUGGUGUUGAAACCUGGUUGUUUAAAUAUCUGUUGUUCAAAGCAGUAGCAUUGGUUCUUAUUUCUAAAAGCAAAAAAACGCUUUGGAGAGAGUCAGAUUGCUUUGAUAUGUGGAAUAUGCGACUUUCAUGCAUGUACCUUCUCUGCAGAAGCCUUAUCCAAUAAUCACUGAAGUUUCAUGGAAAUAAGAUACGUAUAUAUACAUAAUUUCAGUUGAUGUUGCAUAAGGUAGUAACUGGGCAGCCCAUCCUCCAUGACAAAUUAGUUACGUGGCUUGAACAACUCUGAGGCAGACGCUGUAUAAACAAACUGGAUGAAUUGCUUGUGUCAACACUUCCAACUGUUGGUUACCUGAACUAAUGAUAUUCAUAUACUGAUGACAAAUUUCUACUGCUAUUAUAGCAAGUUAUAAGAGUUGUAUAAAAAUGGACUAGAUGAUCUCGCUCAAGGCAAACUAGCUUCCCUGUUAUGGAUUACAUCCAAAAUUGUCACUUAAGAAAAGUUGAUCAAAAAGUUAAUUUGAGUUGGAGGCCAUAAUCAGGCCUUAUUUAGUAUUAUUCUUUUUCUCUGGCUAUGUUUGGUUUUAGUUGGCUUAUAAAUAUUACCUCCGAAAUUCAUUAAUAGAUGGUUAACACUUGUAAUAAGCAACCUAUAAUAUUUAUUACUUCAUGCUUUUCCUUCUGCUUCCCAUAACCACCUCCCCUAGAAGAAGGAGGUGACUGUUCUAUCAGUGAACUUGUGCCAGUGUUAUAAGGGUAAUGUGCCCAUGCUUGGGUUUCCUUUUUUUUUUUUUUUUUUUUUUUUUGGAAAGUGGUAAACACACUUUUGUCCUAUGCAAUAGAGGUUUUUAAAGCAGAUAAAGAUUUUUUUGUGCUGUUUCUGAAAGGGCAUGAUGUUUGUAACAGACUUUGGUGCCUGUUCACCUGAGGUUCUCUAAGCUAUUUAAAAUUUUAUUUUGGAUACAACCUUGAUAUUUUCAUAUUGAUCACUUCAAAGAGUUUUGAUGUGUUUGUAGUGUCCAGUGACCUAAACUGAGAGAAUCUGCUACUUGGUAAAGCUUAGUCAUUUAAUACCACUGUUGAAGAAACAUAAUCACCUUUAUGGGAUAUCUCCCCUUCCUCUCCAAGAGUGACAGUGAGAAAGAAGCAGUGUAGUCUUAUAGCCUAGAAGUAGCUCAUUAAAAAUCAGUGAAUGACUAUAACAUUGCAGUUUGGUUUGUGAAGCAGUUUAGCGAGCUCUUAGUGAGGACAUUCUAAAGAUUCUUAAGUUUUAUGCAUUCAUUUUCACUCUCAAAAUCUAGAUAUUGUGAGCCAUGUGUUCUCUGGAGUAGUUCUGCUGGUAUCAGGGAAAUUCCAGUAGGGAGGAAUUGGGCAGCCUGUAUUGGCAGGAAAGCUUAUGAGGAACGGUUAGGGAUUGGUCUAAAGAUAACAGCGCUUCUUGGAGUGGGGAGCUGGGACGUCAUAGCAGAGUUCAUCCUUGCUUUGGGCACCAAGGAAGCAGUCUGAUCUUAGCAGCUUUCCCUAUAUACUGUCCAGUGGUGAUGUUAAAGCGUUUUAUCUAUUGGACUCUGAUUUCACAGUUUCAAAUAAACCAGGUUUCUAACUUAGGUGUGUGUGCAAAUGAUUACACGUUCUUCCCUCCCCCCACACCCUUUUUUUUAUAGUCAGGGAACUUGAUAUGAAAGUUUCUUUGGCUGCAGAAAGUCUGUUAUAAAGACACACAAGGAAAAUAAGACCUAAAACCUGGAACCACGUGCUCUAGGUAGACCUUAAAAAAUGCAUGCAUGAAGUAGUGCAUUACAGUAAUCUCUAGUGUUAUCACAAAUACUCACAAUACUGCUCUCUGCAUAUUUUCUUAUACAUUGAUAUCCUUAAAUCUUGGUGCUAAUUUGCUGUUGCUAAAUGCUCCUGUAUUCACUAAAUGAGGACUGUCGAAAUGGACAAAAAACAGAUGGAUUUUGAAAUGUGAAAAAAGUGACUGAGGAAUGAAAACACCUGUGAAACACUAUGGUUAUGGUUUCAGAAAAAGCCAAGGAGACUGAAAAAAGCAAAGUUAAAUUAGUGGCCAGACUUAAAGUAGACUUCUCCUGUAGGUGUCUUAAGUGUGAAAUCAUUUGGUUAGAAAGGGUUAGCCUGGAAACGUAUUGCUGCCGCUCUCUAGCAGUACCUGUGGGCUCCCUAGCACUUUCGUAAUGAAAGAUUCCAACACUCCUGGUAUCUCCUGUUGGGGAAAAAUACAAAUCUACCGAAUGAGCUGCCUUCUCAGCAGCAGACUUUUUUUUUUUUUUUUUUUCUGAAUGCAAGUCCUUGAGCAUGUGGAGGAAGCUCUGGUCCACUUCAAGAGAAAUCCAGUUGGGAAGAGUUGGUUCACAGGGCGACAGCCACAAGUAUUUGUUCCUUAUGGGGAUAAAAAAUACUUUUAUAUAUUCUGCUUCUGUAAUUUAUUGGUCUGGAGAAGUGUCUGGGAAAUACUCUGUGGUGUCCGAGUUUUACAGCAGAAAAUUGUAUUUGUGAAAUAGUGUGAAAGUUUAUUAUUUCAAUGUGUAAUAGGAAAGAUUAUUACUGUAAUGUUACUUGGUCAUGUCUCUUGUGUAUACAUUCAUGUGCUGGGGUUUAAGUUAAUAUUGUUUUGGGAAACUGAAUUUAUAUUUUUUGGAAGUGGAUGAAAAAACAGUAGCCU